UGAAGUCACUGUGUAUUGCUGUGUAGUGUACUGCUGUCUGUAUGGAAGGGAGUCAAUGAAAUAAGAAAUGCGUGUAUUACAUUGAGAGAAGUAUUACAUGGACCGAUUUCUUAUAAGAGAGAUUGGUGUUUCUUAGAUCACAGCUUCAAAACUAAGAUAUAUAUACCAACGGGUGUAUAUAUAGAGAGAGAUAAUAAUAGUAAAAAUAUUUGCUAAUGGAAAGAGUCCAGUUCGAGCAAUCAAUAAGUAAAGAGAGUACUUAUUAAGAAGCGCAAGUUAUUAUCAAGUGGCAUGCACCAUCGACUCAUUCCAUCACAUCAGCGAUACAUGAUACAUUUGGCAAAUUUAACGCACAAGUACAUUUUACUGAGAUAAAAAAUUAUAAUUAUAAUAAUAAUAAUAAUAAUAAAAAGAAAUUAAUAUAAAAAAAAAGAAGGGAAAGGAAAACUGUAAGUCCAUCCAAAUUGCUGUAUGUGGACUCGCCCUCACAGAUAAACUCUUUUACAUUCUUAAGGUUUGCUCUAUUGAACCUACAGGUUAUAUCCAUUACAUUUACAUUUAUUCUUUUAUCCAAAGCGACUUACAAAUGAGAAAAUACAAGCAAAGCGAUCUAUCAAGCAGAGAACAAUACGAGUAGUGCUCUGUACACGAUCUUUAAUUGAGUUCCAGAAGCAACAAAGUGCGCAGAGUCGAGGUGUAAGUGCCAGAGUAAUUUUUAUUUUAUUUUAUUUUAUUUUAUUUAUUUAUUUAUGGGUUGAUUCGGUGUUCAUGGAAGAGGUGGGUCUUUAGCUGUUUUCUGACGAUGGUGAGAGAUUCUGUGGUCUGGAUUUUGGUUGGAAGUUCAUUCCACCACUGAGGAACAGUUAGUUUGAAUGUUCUUGAAAGGGACCUUGAGCCACUCUGAGUAGGAACUACUAAGCGUCGGUCAUUGAUUGAGGGAACGUAGGCGUUCAGGAGAGAGUUGAGGUAGGGGGCGCUCUUCCAGACAAGGUCUUGUAGGUGAGCAUCAAGGCCUUGAAUUUGAUGCGGGCGGCUACAGGAAGCCAGUGAAGGGAGAUGAAGAGGGGUGUGACAUGGGUUCUCUUGGGCUGGUUGAAGAUGAGGCGCGCUGCAGCAUUCUGAAUCAUCUGAAGGGGUUUGAUGGAGCUGGCCGGAGGCCUGAGAGUAGAUGAACCUACAGGACCGUGCAGUUGUUGAGAUGUGGUCUGUAAAGGUCAAGCUGUCAUCGAGAAUCACCCCGAGGUUCCUGGCCGUCCUGGUUGGUUCGAGUGUGGUCGAGCCGAGCUGUACAGUGAGGUUGUGGUUGAUUGAGGGACAGGCUGGGAUGACGAGAAGCUUGGAUUUUGCCAGGUUGAGCUUAAGCGUCGCUGGGGGACCUGGAGCCUAUCCCUGGAAACUCGGGGCACAAGGAUGGGGACACCCAACACAUCGCAGGGCACGAACACUACAGACAAUUUGGAAACGCCAAUCAGACUACAACGCAUGUCACUGGACUUGGGGAGGAAACUGGAGUACUUGGAGGAAACAGAACAAACAAACUCUGCUCACAUAGAGCGGAGGAGGGAUGUAAAGCCCCGACUCUGGAGGUGCAAGACAAACAGAGCGCACGAGAGAGGAGGAGAAGGCUGGGGAGCAGAAGCAGCUACAAACACAAACAUUCACCGGAGGAGGAGAAAACACCGGACAAAAUGAAAACCCAGACCCACAAACCGACCCUCACAGGUCCUCCUUCCUCGUGCCUCCGAAACAGCUCUGAAUCGUCGAGGCAUGGACUCCACAAGACCUCUGAAGGUGUGCUGUGGAAUCUGGAACCGAGACGUCGAUCCUUUAAGUCCUCGUUCCUGAACAGGUGCUGUAGGGUGUCAGGGAGCGUUAUCCUGCUGAAAGAGGGAGCUGAUAUUAGGGAAUAGCGUUACCAGGAAGGGGUGUACUCAAUCUGAAACAGUGUUUAGGUAGGUGGUACGUUUUAAAGUAACAGCCACAUGAAUGACCCGAGGUUUCCCAGCAGAACAUUCCACAGAGCAUCACACUGCCUCCACCAGCUCGCCUUCUUCCCGUAGUGCAUCCUGGUGCCGUCUCUUCCCCAGAAUAAACGCCACGGAAACACCCGGCAAUGAAACGUUCCGCAGCACCACGCCCGCUGCCAAGGCGACGACCUCGACCCCGCCCACGGUCAAGCCCAUCCUGCCGGUUCAGACGGGGGUCAAAGCACAGGAGGAGGAACAGUCGAGCGGAUUGAGCAUCUUCUUCAACCUGCUCGUCAUCGGAAUCUGCAUCAUAUUGGUUCACUUGCUGAUCAGGUUUAAGCUGCACUUCCUGCCCGAGAGCGUGGCUGUAGUUUCACUGGGAAUCCUGAUGGGAGCCGUUAUAAAGAUCAUCGAGACUCAGGAGCUGGCCAACUGGAAGGAAGAGGAGAUGUUCAAGCCCAACAUGUUCUUCCUCCUGCUGCUGCCUCCAAUCAUCUUUGAAUCAGGAUACUCGCUUCAUAAAGGAAACUUCUUCCAAAACAUCGGCUCCAUCACCUUAUUCGCCGUCAUCGGGACGGCCAUCUCCGCCUUCAUCGUCGGGGGAGGGAUCUACUUCCUGGGACAGGCGGACGUUAUUUACAAGAUGACCAUGACAGACAGUUUUGCGUUUGGUUCUCUGAUCUCGGCGGUGGACCCCGUAGCCACCAUCGCCAUCUUCAACGCGCUGAAUGUGGAUCCCGUCCUGAACAUGCUGGUGUUCGGCGAGAGCAUUCUCAACGAUGCCGUGUCCAUCGUGCUCACCAAUACGGCCGAGGGCUUCACCGGCCCAGACGCCUCGUCUGUAACGGGAUGGCAGACGUUCCUGCAAGCGCUCAGUUACUUCCUGAAAAUGUUCUUCGGCUCGGCUGCUCUCGGCACGCUCACCGGCCUCAUCUCCGCCCUAUGUCUGAAACACUUUGACCUGAGGAAGACGCCGUCUCUGGAGUUUGGCAUGAUGAUCAUCUUCGCCUAUCUGCCGUACGGUCUGUCUGAGGGGAUCAAACUGUCAGGUAUAAUGGCCAUCCUGUUCUCGGGUAUCGUGAUGUCACACUACACUCAUCAUAACCUGUCUCCUGUAACGCAGAUCCUCAUGCAGCAGACGCUCCGCACCGUCGCCUUCAUGUGCGAAACCUGUGUGUUUGCCUUUCUGGGUCUCUCCAUCUUCAGUUUCCCGCACAAGUUCGAGUUUUCUUUCGUUAUCUGGUGCAUCGUUUUGGUUCUUCUUGGUCGAGCUGUAAACAUCUUCCCCUUGUCCUUCUUACUCAACUUCUUCCGCGACCACAAGAUCACCCCUAAAAUGAUGUUCAUCAUGUGGUUCAGUGGCCUGCGGGGGGCGAUCCCCUACGCCCUGAGCCUCCACCUCGGCCUCGAGCCCAUCGAGAAGCGGCAGCUCAUCGGCACCACCACCAUCGUCAUCGUGCUCUUCACCAUCUUGCUAAUGGGGGGCGGGACCAUGCCCCUCAUCCGCAUCAUGGACAUCGAGGACAGCCAAUCACGGCGCAGGAACAGGAAGUACAUCAACCUGAGCAAGACGGAGAAGAUGGGUAACACGAUAGAGUCAGAGCAUCUCUCGGAGCUGACGGAGGAGGAAUACGAGGCACAGAUCGUGCAGCGGCAGGACCUGAAGGGCUUCCUGUGGCUAGAUGCUAAAUACCUCAAUCCCUUCUUUACUCGCAGACUCACACAGGAGGAUCUGCUGCACGGGCGAAUCCAGAUGAAAACUCUGACCAAUAAAUGGUACGAGGAGGUGCGACAGGGUCCGUCCGGUUCUGAGGACGAGGACGACGAAACUGAACUGCUCUGAAACUCUCUCUCUCUCACUCACACACACUCACACACUCACACUCACACACACUCACACACACUCUCACACACUCACACACACACACACACACACACACACACACACACACACACUCACACACACACAUCUCUUACUUCUACUGAAUGUGGUACACGGGCUGUACCACUGUACCAAGUCACUGGAACGUGCCAAAACCCCACAGAAAUGGGGGAGUCACCUCGGUUGGGGAUGGAGGCGUGCUUUCGGAUCAGCACUGGAAAGAAAGUAAAACACUUUUUCCUAUAAAAAAAGGGAAGGAUGUUAAAUGGAAGGGAACGUUGACGUAAAAGCAAUAGCAGGUUUAUUUCUUUGUGUUCUGGGGUUUUAUAAUGAAGUCACUGUCUUUUUAUUUUAUUUUAUUUUAUUUUAUUUUAUUUAUUAUUUUAAAUUACAAACACUGCAAAAAAUGACAUCGUAGCAAGUGAAAACAUCUGGAAUAAAGGCUAUAUAUAUAAUAUCAUAUAGUACAUUUCAGUAGAAUAAAUGCAAGAUUAUUAAGUCCAUUUCUAGACAUUAUAAAAGAUUUCUAUAAUUCGUUUUAAGUUAAAAUAUGAGGAGAAAUAGGAUUAAAGGGAUGGUUCACCCCAAAAAUAAAAUUCUGUCAUCAUUUACUCCCCCUCGUGUUGUUCCAAAACUGUACGACUGAAUUUCUUCUGUGGAACAUGAAAGAAGAUAUUUGGAGAAAUGUCUGGGUUUGUUUAGUUUUUUUUGUCCAUACAGUGGAAGUCAAUGGGCACCAAAACUGUCUGGUUACCAACAUUCUUCAAAAUAUCUUCUUUUACACUCCGCAGAAGAAAGAAAUGCCUACAGGUUUGGAACCUGUCCGCUGUACACGUCCCUGUGAAUGAGCCGUUACUAUAGAAACGAUAACGUAUUAGAACGAGCGCAUUAAUAUAAACCCGUCAUUUACAGCUGCGCUACUUUUAAAGAAAAUGAAUCAACACCUUCUGACCAAUCACAAUCCAGCAGCGCUGUGUAUAUCAUAAGAGAGAUUGGAUCAGUUUGUCUGUAUUCCAGAUUAAUAUUAUUAUUAUUUUAUGCUGUGAAAGGACACUGUUGAAUGUACAGGUCGUGGGAUUUUAUGCUUGUUAAUUUUUGUUCAUAUUUAUUCAUUUUCUCUGUAAUUGGAGGACAUGGUUACAGGUUGUAUCUGUUCAUUUUUUACAUCUUGCUACUGAAUGGUUUUGGAGAAUUUCAGAGAAGAUGCUGAGGAUGUAUGAUGAGGGUUUGCGGUCAUCAGAUCAUACACAGCCGUAGUUCAGGGAACUAGAAGCUAAUUUUUCACCUUUAAUGAAAUGAAUCUUGCAUUUUAAACAGAAUACUGACAGAUUAUUCAGCGUAUGUGUGAGGAUCACUGGAAAGAAACUGGAAAGUUUACUACAGGGGGUCUCUGGGGUUUCUUCUAUUUUCGAGAGAGAACCUGCUUUCGUAUCAGUUGUAACUGGAUUAUCAGUUUGGACUUAUUUAAAAAUAAAUAACAAAAGGGCGUGUCCAAAAUGAGGCAAAGAAACUAAAUUUGUUGCAGCAAGACAUUUAGUGUCUCGGGUUUUAUAGAUGUUUCUUUUCAUUAUCAAAGGUAACACAAAUAGUCAAACUAUAAUAAUACUGAAUAUUAUCAGUAAAGAAAUGUAAAUGUUUUUGUUUGUUUUGUUUUUUUUUUAAGUUUGCCUUUAUAAUUGCUGCAGAAUAGCUGGUUUUGCAACAUCUCGUUUUGCAAGGCUGGUAUUUGUUGAUAAAUCAUAAAACAUGCGCAAAACAUUUUCCUUUUUCUUUUUGGGGGGGGUCACAGAUUUUUGCACACCACUCUAUGUGCCAUACACUAACUACACACAUGAAGGAGAAUAGAAUUCACAGCACCGGAUUUUUCGGUUCGUGAGAUUGAUUAAGCCAGUUUUUUGGCCAAAAAAAAUGAAGCAAAGACAUUUUAUUCUACAGUUUUGUACCGAGUCUUAUAGCUACUGUUUACUGUUCUGUCUAACACGUCACACAGCUAGGGGAAAAGGGGAAAAUGUAUAUGUACAUUUAAUUGGUAAAGAUGGAAUUUUAUUAUAUUUUCACUUUAGUGCUUCAGUUCUUCAGAAUUAUACAAGUUCAUGGGUAAAAUUCCUGUUUCCUGAAAUACUGUGACUGAAAUUUGAAAUAAAUUAAUGACGAAAGUUCUUCUUUCAUGCGUGUGUGCUGAUUUAUCAACGUUUUCUCCAUUGCGUUUUGAAAUAUUACCUCAGCUUUUAACGGUUAAAGUCUGUAAUGUUUAGAAAUUUCAGCGAAUUCGUAUUAAAUAUGUGAGGGGCGAUUGUCAUCGUGUCACAAAAUGUAAGAGCCAAUCAGGUUCGAUAUGCAAAUGCAGACCACGAGACUUUUUUUUGCUACACUGACUUGAUGGAAAAACACCAGUCCUGUCAGCUGAAUACCUCGAGGUCCCUGUGAAUGAGCCGUUACUAUAGAAACAAUAACGUGGUAGAACGAGCGCGUUCAUAUAAACCUGUGAUUUGCAGCUGCGCUACUUUUAAAGAAAAGUCAAUCAACACCUUCUGACCAAUCACAAUCCAGAAUUCAACAGCGCUGUAGUAUAAUGAGAUAUUAACCAGAGUCAACCAGAAGAGAGAAAACUGAGUACGGACAUGCAGAGAGAGGGAGAAAAUUCAUCAAUACGCACAUUCUUCUAAUCAAUAAGCAUCCUUUCAAUACACAAUUACUGAAAUUAAUCUUUCAUAAAAACUUCAUUUUCAUAUAAAAAAAAAAAGAAGCUGAAAAACUGAGAUGGGUGCAGGUUUCAAGGAGAACUGUGGUGGGGUGCCAAAACUUUUUCACAGCGCACAGCCGUAAUGGUAUGGAAUAUAGUGUAUUAGUCUGGAAUUAGUUUAGGUAAAUCCUUUUAUAGGAACACUCAGAAAUGUUGCGGUUUUUAUCCUUAAGGUUAGUGCGGAGCCAUGUGACGAUACAUCAUCGAUACUGCGAUCAUUUAUUUCACCAUAUAUUCACGAUAGUCACGAUUAUUUCACGAGUCGUCAAACGUUUUUUCCCCCUUUAAGCUUCAAAAACCUAAAAUGUUCAUUUUACAGACUUCAAAUUUUCUCAAAUCUUUUCAAUGGUUUUUUUUUUUUUUAAACAAAGCAUCAUGAACAAUCCGCUAGUAAGAAGUGUUGUUAUUUACACAAAGUGAAGGUGUUUGUUUUCCUCAAACAUGAUUUCAUCGUUCUUCCUGAACAUAAACCACUGAAAAGUUUCUCCGUACUCUGAGAACGCGGAAGAUACGACGACGCUGAUCAUGCAGCGAAUUUAUUAAUAAGUUUGGUGACCGUGUGAUGUGCUCGCCGUGUGUCCUGUAAAAGUCCAUCGCAGCCUUGCGACAGUUUCCUGAUCCAGCCACGAGAAAGAUUUCAAUAUGUUCUUCUUUUCUCAAAGAAAUUUCAUAUAAAUAUAUAUAAAAUAUAAGAAUGAAAAAUUUUGGAAAAUGUUUUGCUUAAAA